AUGCCUCGCUCCUUCCUGGUGGACGCCUUGGUGCUGCGCGAAAGCGGCGCGGAGAAGAAAGCGGUCUCCUCCUCGUCCUCGGGCAGCCCGCCGCCCCCGCCGCUCUUCCCGUACGCCGUGCACCCCUCGCACCCGCUGCACGGGCUCUCGGCCGUCUCCUCCGCUUGCCCCGCCGGGCGCAAAGCCGGGCUGCUGUGCGUGUGCCCGCUGUGCUUGGCCGCCGCUUCCUCGCAGCUCCACCACCCGCCGCCCCCGCCUCCGCCGCCCCCUCUUCUCAAGGCUGCCUUCCCGGCUCCCUUCGGCGCCCAGUUUUGCCCCUCGCCCUUGGCGGCCAGGCAAGCCCCCGCCGCGCCCGCCGCGCCCGCCCUCUACCCGGCUUCUUUCCCGCUGCCGGACCCACGGCACUUCCACUGCAUCUCCGUCGACAGCACCUCUGGCCAGCUGCCCAGCAGCAAGCGGAUGCGCACGGCCUUCACCAGCACGCAACUCCUGGAGCUGGAGCGGGAGUUCGCCUCCAACAUGUACCUGUCGCGGCUGAGGCGCAUCGAGAUCGCGACCUACCUGAACCUCUCCGAGAAGCAGGUCAAGAUCUGGUUCCAGAACCGCCGCGUCAAACACAAGAAGGAAGGCAAGGGCGGGGGCGGGGGCGGGGGCGGCGGCUCUCACCGGGCCGGAGCGAGUCUGGUUCCCAGCUGCAAAUGCGCCUCUUUUGCCACCGUCGCCGCGGCCUCCAAAUGCUCCGAAGACGACGAGGACUCUCCCGCCUCGCCUUCCUCCUCCGGCAAAGACGAGAGAGACUUGGCCGUCACCCCUUAA